CCACCCACAAACGUGUCCCCAUGGUUGGAACAGCAGUGCUUGCGACGAAAGCACACUGGCAGUUACACCUGUGUCCCACACCAAAUAAGACGAAAGGCAACCUGAUGGUAAAAUCUUGGCUGUAAUUUGGAGGAAUGUGGAUUAAGCUACAUGCGCGAGUUAGUGUGAUUACCUCCAAAAAACAUGACAACGGAGAUAAACUUUACAACACUUCUCAACGUGUCUGACAUCAAUAACAACUCAAGAGGAUGUUCCCUUACGAAGACUGGGUUUCAAUUUUACUAUUUGCCUACUGUGUACAUCAUAGUUUUCAUCACAGGCUUGAUAGGAAAUAGUCUGGCAAUAUGGAUGUUCGUGUUUCACAUGAGACCAUGGAGCAGCAUCUCGGUCUACAUGUUUAAUCUGGCGCUGGCGGAUUUCUGUUACGUGCUUUCUCUCCCCUUCCUAAUUUUCUAUUACUUUAAUAAAACUGACUGGAUUUUUGGCAACGUGCUGUGCCGACUGCAGCGCUAUAUUUUUCACGUUAAUCUGUAUGGGAGCAUUCUGUUUCUCACCUGCAUCAGCGUGCACAGGUACACGGGAGUAGUACACCCUCUUAAAUCGCUGGGGAGGCUGAAGAAAAAGAACGCUAUACGCACAAGCGCGCUGAUUUGGUUCAUAGUUACCGUGGGGAUUUCGCCUAUUCUGUAUUACUCGCGCACGGGUCCAAAGAGGAACGCAACUACAUGCUAUGACACCACCACAGAGGACGAGCUGCAGGGCUACUUCAUCUACAGCAUGUGCAUGACAGUUUUUGGCUUCUGCAUUCCUUUUAUUAUCAUCUUUGGAUGCUAUGGAUUAAUUGUGAAGGCCCUCAUAUGCAAUGACAUGGACAAUGCACCACUGAGGAGGAAGUCAAUAUAUCUUGUAAUCAUUGUCCUGGCAGUGUUUGCUGUCUCCUACCUGCCCUUUCAUGUGAUGAAGAAUCUGAACAUGCGGGCCAGGCUUUACUUCCAGAGUCCUGAGAUGUGUGAUUUUAAUAAUAAAGUGUAUGCCACUUAUCAGGUUACCCGAGGUCUAGCUAGUCUCAACAGUUGCGUGGACCCCAUCCUUUACUUCUUGGCUGGGGACACAUUUAGGCGGAAGUUCUCCAGAGCCACCAAAAAGACUUCCAGAAAGGGGGAGAAUGCAUUGCAGUCCAAGAGUGAGGAGACCGCACUCAACAGCCUGCCGGACUAUACAGGCAAUGGAGACCAGCGGCUCUGACUGUGCCUCUUAUGAGUUGUGCGGAGUGGACAAAACUUGUACAUUUGUCAAGCUGUUCACUAAAUGGAUCCAUGUGUGCUGAUGUUUAGAUAGCAUGACUUCCACUCCAUGUUCAACAUGAUGACAUGAUGUCACUGCGACCAAGUCAUAGUACUGUAUUUGCCAGUAUUAAUUAGGCUGCUCUUUUCUUAUUAGCGUAUCAUGAAUGGUUAACAAAGUAAAGGUUUUGUUGAGAAUCAAACAUGUAUAGAACAUUGAAAACCUUCUACAGUUUGCUACGGAAUGAGCAUGUGUUACAACUGGGGUUGCCCAUAGGAUAAACUAGUAAAUGUAAUUUAUGUAAGUUAAACAAGCUAAAGUGAGACUUUUGAGAAUGCAAUUUUAGGCACUUACUAACAGUUCCUUUACUGUACCUGAUAUGCUCAAACUGUGUGUCUAGGAACUGCAAAGCACUAUGAAUUUUAAUAUUUUUGAGCAUCAUGUAUGAGGUCAGUAUAUUUCUAUUUGAUUUUUCCAUUACAUUUUUUAAUAAUAUGUGUGUUUGUUAUUGUAAACAAUGUCCUUUGUCCCACACAUAUCAAAUAGCCUUUUGAUGGUGUAGUAUGAAAAGAAAAGCCUCUGAUAAAGCCAUGAUCACAUACUGUGAUUUUGUUUUUUGUGACAUUAUAGGUUUUCCAUCCGUUUCUGUAACAGAGGAUUUGAAAAAUGAAGAAUGAUGACUGACUGUUUGAUGGCCUAAUAUUUGUUUGUUCCAUGUGUGUAUGUGUGGGUGUGUGUGUGUGAGUGUCAGGUCAUUUGCAUGCUGAUCACAUUGUGUGAGGAGUAUACUUGUGGGCUGUGUUUACCUCCUAGCUCAUAUUGUAUUCAGCAGCCCUACAGUGAUGUGUAUAGGGUCUGCAAAUUAUUAGAAACAUUUAUCAGACAUUUGCUGGCAUUGUCAUUACAUCUGUGUGGAAUAACAAAUAUCAGAUUAUAGUUAUGGGAUGUGCCAAAGGAAAUUACAUCCAUUUCAGUUGACACCCAAGAUAUAAGUCUGGAGCUCAGGAAAUUGGCAGUGCUAAUUACUGUAGUAACAAGCAAAACGAAAUAAUGAGAGCAGUGUUUGGUGUUGCAAAGUUCAGAUACUUCUGAAAAAGCAGAUAAGCAAAUGGGAGUUGAUCUUGGCAGUGUUUAAAAGUAUUACAUUUGAAAUUUUAGGUUACGUUGAACAUUCUGCAAAAUUGCUAGCUAACAGCAGAUUAAAUUCAAACAGGGUUAAGUUUGUUUGUAUUAAAACAUGUUGUUGUAUUAAAACACAUCAUAUGUCACAA